AUGCACAGAGAGGCCUUAGCUGGAAACCCUAAUCCUAGCAGGCACUUGCAGGCCCUGCACUUCCUCGGAGCGCUAGCCAGGAUCAACAAGCUCAGGGCCAGGAAAUCCCCUCCUUCCCGGCGAGCCACAGCGCUAGGAGGACGAAGGAUCACCCGCGCUGCUUACGCCGCCAUGGCUGUCGCCGCUGGGCCAAGGAGGGCUUGGAGCAGGGCCAUACUUCUUGGCCUCCGUAGAAACUCCAUUGCCAAGCCUUUCUUGAUCAAGAAGAGGAUCCUAAAACCUCACAGGGAGCUGAGGGAUGUGGGGAGCAGAGCUGAGGAGCUCCGUCGCCUUCUACCGGGGGCUAGAAGGAUGGAAUUCGGCAGCCUCUUGGAUGAGACCCUCAACUACAUACACCACCUCACCGCUCAGGUAGGGAUAAUGCAGAAGAUCGCCGAUUCCCUCUGUAAGUAA